UCGAUUAUUUUCCUCUUUUCUCCUUCAUGCCCCGGGAAUUCCUCCAUUUCUCUGUUACAUAUAGGAAUAGAAGCAAUCUCUCUACAUAUAUAUACACACACACAUAUAUAUACACAUCAUUACAGAAGAAUCCCCACCUUUGACCUCGUCGUAGGCGCGUCUCCGUCUGCUUCUCGUCGGACUCGCUAAGGACAUGGCACCGAGUGGACGGGACGUGCAGUUGAUCCCGGUAUCGUCUCCGGCGAUGGCGGCGGAGGCGUCAAUCGGCGGAAGAGAUUCCGAUAUAGGGGCGAUGGAGGAAGUCCGGCUUCUCGACGCGUACGAUGACGGAAACGCCGCCGAUUUGAGUAGGAUCGAGGAAGGCGGUGGGAGCGGCGGUGUGAGAAGGAUUCAGGUGAGGGUGACGGGCAUGACUUGCGCUGCUUGUUCGAACUCCGUGGAAGGAGCUCUGAGGAGCGUUAAUGGCGUGCUGCAAGCCUCCGUAGCCUUGUUGCAGAACAGGGCUGAUGUCGUCUUCGAUCCCGAUUUGGUCAAGGAAGAGGACAUUAAAGAAGCCAUUGAAGAUGCCGGAUUUGAGGCAGAGAUUCUGUCGGAACCUAUGACCAAGGGCAAGGGGACAAAAGCGCAGGCUACCUUGGUUGGCCAGUUUACAAUUGGAGGGAUGACAUGCGCUGCCUGUGUUAACUCGGUUGAAGGCAUUCUAAGAGAUCUCCCUGGUGUCAAAAGGGCAGUGGUAGCCUUGGCUACUUCGUUAGGAGAAGUCGAGUAUGACCCGACUGUAAUAAGCAAAGACGAUAUAGUUAAUGCAAUUGAGGAUGCAGGUUUCGAGGCUUCACUUGUGCAGAGCAGCCAGCAGGACAACAUUGUCUUAAGGGUUGAUGGCAUCUUCAAUGAGUUUGAUGCACAUAUCCUGGAAGGCAUACUUGCUCGGUUGAACGGCGUUAGACAAUUCCGUCUUGACCGGAUAUCAGGAGAACUGGAAGUGGUGUUCGAUCCAGAGGUUGUCACUUCAAGAUCCUUAGUGGAUGGGAUUGAAGGAGGAAGCAACGGGAAAUUCAAGUUGCGUGUAAUCAAUCCUUAUGAAAGGUUGACAUCUAAAGACACCGGAGAAGCUGCAAACAUGUUUCGGCUUUUCAUCACCAGUCUUUCUCUCAGUAUUCCGCUUUUCUUCAUCCAAGUAGUGUGCCCGCACAUUGCUGUUCUAGAUUCCUUGCUGGUCUGGAGGUGUGGACCUUUCUUGAUGGGUGAUUGGAUGAAAUGGGCAUUGGUAAGUGUUAUUCAGUUUGUUGUCGGAAAGAGAUUCUACAUCGGAGCAGGAAGAGCUCUUCGAAAUUGUUCAAGUAACAUGGACGUUCUGGUGGCACUGGGCACAUCAGCUUCUUACUUCUACUCUGUUGCGGCUCUUCUAUAUGGAGCGGUCACCGGGUUUUGGUCUCCGACAUACUUUGAAACAAGCGCUAUGCUGAUAACAUUUGUACUGUUGGGGAAGUAUUUGGAAGCUCUCGCAAAGGGAAAAACAUCAGAUGCUAUCAAGAAACUCGUAGAACUUACUCCAGCAACGGCAAUUUUGCUUGUCAAAGGCAAAGGAGGGAAGGUAGAAGGGGAAAGGGAGAUAGAUGCUUUGCUGAUUCAGCCAGGUGACACGUUAAAAGUUCUUCCGGGAACAAAGAUCCCAGCAGAUGGGGUUGUGAUAUGGGGUUCGAGUUACGUAAAUGAGAGCAUGGUGACAGGAGAAUCAGUUCCGGUAUCAAAGGAGGUUGAUUCACAAGUGAUUGGGGGUACUAUCAAUUUGCAUGGUGUUCUUCACAUUGAAGCUACAAAAGUCGGGUCUGACACCGUUCUGAGCCAGAUUAUAAGUUUGGUCGAGACAGCCCAAAUGUCGAAAGCUCCUAUCCAGAAAUUUGCGGAUUAUGUCGCCAGCAUUUUUGUCCCAAUAGUGAUUACUUUGGCAUUAUUCACCCUUUUGGGCUGGCUAAUCGGUGGAGCUGUUGGAGCCUACCCGGAAGAAUGGCUGCCGGAAAACGGGACUUACUUUGUUUUCUCUCUUAUGUUUGCGAUAUCUGUUGUAGUAAUCGCUUGCCCUUGUGCUCUCGGUUUGGCAACUCCGACCGCUGUUAUGGUCGCGACAGGAGUCGGGGCAAGUAACGGUGUCUUGAUCAAAGGUGCGGAUGCACUCGAAAGAGCUCAGAAGGUGAAAUAUGUGGUAUUUGACAAAACCGGCACUCUAACCCAAGGGAAAGCUACUGUUACAACUGCGAAAGUUUUCUCCGAUAUGGACCGUGGAGAAUUCCUUACGCUCGUGGCUUCUGCCGAGGCAAGCAGCGAACACCCGCUGGCAAAAGCUAUAGUUGAAUACGCUCGGCAUUUCCACUUCUUUGACGAGUCUGAAACAGACAACAAAGACUCCCGAGUUUCUGGAUGGCUCCUCGAUACCUCGAAUUUCUCCGCUCUUCGUCGACAAGGAAUUCGAUGCUUCGUUAACGAGAAGCUUGUUCUGGUAGGGAAUCGUAAACUUAUGAUGGAGAACGGUAUUGCUAUCCCGGACCACGUGGAGAGUUUCGUAGUGGAGCUUGAAGAAAGUGCAAAGACGGGAAUACUUGUAGGCUACGGCGGCGAACUGGUAGGCGCAAUCGGAGUUGCGGAUCGGCUAAAGCGAGAGGCGGCAGUGGUCGUGGAGGGUCUCCUUAAAAUGGGCAUUAGACCCAUAAUGGUCACUGGCGAUAACUGGAGAACAGCCAGAGCUGUCGCCAAGGAGGUCGGGAUCGAAGAUGUGAGGGCAGAGGUGAUGCCGGCGGGGAAGGCGGAUGUGAUACAUUCGUUGCAGAGAGACGGAAGCACGGUGGCUAUGGUGGGAGAUGGGAUCAACGAUUCGCCUGCUUUAGUUGCAGCGGAUGUCGGUAUGGCGAUCGGGGCGGGAACAGAUAUAGCGGUGGAAGCUGCGGACUAUGUCCUGAUGAGGAACAACCUGGAAGACGUGAUCACGGCCAUCGAUCUGUCCCGGAAAACCUUAAGGAGGAUCCGACUAAAUUACGUGUUUGCCAUGGCAUAUAACGUGGUGGCGAUCCCGGUAGCGGCAGGAGUGUUCUUCCCGUCGCUGAGGGUGCAGUUGCCGCCGUGGGCCGCCGGAACGUGCAUGGCUCUGUCGUCGGUCAGCGUCGUUUGCUCGUCCUUGCUUCUUAGAAGAUACAAGAGGCCAAGACUCACCACCAUCUUGGAGAUCACAGUGGAGUAGAGUGUGCAAUGAUGUGUGUAUUCUUUGUAUAAAAAAAAAAAAGGUCCCACGGACUUUGGUAAGAAUCCGACCAGAAUGGUCGUCCGUUCCGGUUCAUGUAGAAUGGUUAUUUGUUGAAGUUUUUUUUCCUUCUUCACGAAAUCAAAAGACUUGGUCUUG